AUGGGACAGUCGGCCUCCACGGCACGAGACCUCACCGACACUGGUUAUCAGGAUUAUCACCCACCUUUCCCUCUAGAGCGUGACCCGACAACAAGGAAUGAAGACAUGAACGAAAGACAUACAUCCGAGCACAAUGAAGAGGCAAACGUCUCCCCUGGGGUGGAUGCGAAUUCAAAUAUCAACAAUGAUACGGCAUUAAGCCAGCUGAGUGAGCUCCCGGAGACUUGGCAACACCCCACACGAUCCCCCAGUGGAUUUUCACGUCAGAUGCGGAGCAUUGAGGAAGAGGAAGACUCCGAAAUCGACCCUGCUUCGCCCGGGUAUCGCUCAGCAGCUAUCUCUCGGAUGGCCGCACGAAGACAAUCUACCAUGUCAAGACUAGGGUCUAGAAUCCUACCUAAUUCGGUCAUCCGCGGCCUCCUGAGCAGCCAAGAAGAAACGCCAGCAGAGGGCCAUGCCCAUAGACAUGGAUUAGUGUCAAGAACACCUCCAAGGUCCGAGACUGGGCACAGCAGUGGUCGAUUCAGUCCCUUCAGUGCCCUUGGUUCAAGAGGUGUCACUCGUCGACGGAACACGAGAGCACCUUACUUCAUCCCCCAGCGGGCAGACCGCGACUCAUCGGCGAUUUCAGAUAGUGGGGUGAGCUCGUCUCUACUUGACACCAGUGCCGACCGAAUGCCGGAUGCCAACCGAUUUUCAUGGCGCCGGGCUCGUCUGCAGCGAAUGCGCCAUUCAUUGUCAACCCCCAUUUCACAUAUGUUUGGACAGCCUCCAUCCGAAAUGUCUUCCCCGCAUGUAGACCCGUCACAUAUCGAACCAGGCCCACCCUUCCAUGACCCUUCACCGAGUGCUAUGGACACUCGACUCGACUUUGGCGAGCCAUUGCAUGAAUUGGAUUCGGUGGAAUCUGGCGUUCAACCGGACGGGCCGCUUUCCGGUAACCAGCCAAAUCCUGGGUUGAUGGGCAUGCGGCGGUUGCCAGGCCUGAUCAGAGCUCGAUCCGCUCGAACUUUGCGACGAGACGAACAGACUCCUCUUUCUCGAGUGCUUCAACUUGCCGCUGCUGCAAUUGCUGCUCAACUCUCCGGUGCCGCAGGGCCUGCGCUGCCAAAUAUUCAAGCUUUAGGAAACGAGGGUUUGGAUGGCUCACUGGAGAACUUUAUCCAAAGCCUGCAGCAUGCAACAUCUACACAGCCUCCACCCCCUACUUCUGGGGAAGGGCCCAGCAAUGCUGGGAGUGACGGUCCGACAGCUCCAGUGAACUUCCUGCGCGUUUUCCGAUUUGCCAACUCAGAUUCCCCUCUUGGCCCCGGUCCUCUUGGCCGAACCGCGACCGGUCCCGAGGCCCAAGGGUCCCAGACUGAUGGAAUGUCUAUUGACGAAACUUCCGAAGGAAGCGAAGGUCGGAUGGUCACGUUGGUUGUUGUGGGCGUACGGUCGGUGCCCUCAGGUAAUGGAGGAAAUAAUGAGCAGGCCCCCCCAGUUCCAGGAGGCCCUGGCUUGGACGCUCUCCUGGGACUGCCUUUUCUUCCACAAAAUGCCAUUCCGCGCCCUCAGGAAACAGGAAGCGAUUUUGUUCAGCGACCAGAUGCACGAUCAAGACUGCAUGCCCCACGCCUGCCUGGACAUCUCGGACUCCAAGCAUCUGGGGCUCCAGAGCUCCUUCGUCAACCAGCUGCACGCCCAUCCCGCAGAAUCCCCCCGGGACCCCAUCCUCCACCUUCGACCCCCGCCGAGCCAGGGCUGUCCGCCGUCUCAUCGGGUACCUCGACUCCGAGCCGUCGACCAUCUUCUGCAUCGGCCAUGUCACCAAAUGUCUUGCCGCAGUUGAAUGAAGGUCAAUCCUUACAGUCGACCCUCGAGACGUCGGAGGAUUCCGCUCCACCCAAUGCUGCCCGACAGCGACGACGAAGCGAUUCUGAGUUCGCUCGCCAUCGUGCCCUUGGCUCUGGAUCGGUUCGCCGCAACGGAGUAGUCGAGCCUGACCAACCUCCUCCCAGUGGCGGUCGAAGUUGGUUGAUUUAUGUUGUCGGAACCAAUCUUUCGGAGAACCACCCAGCUCUUACGACGCCCAGCCUCUUCACUGAUAACCCCACUUAUGAAGACAUGAUUCUGCUGUCGUCGCUGCUGGGACCAGCCAAACCUCCCGUUGCUAGCCAGGAUGAUGUCAAUUCUGCAGGCGGUUUGUUCCGACUCGUCGAGUACUCUGGCUCGUUGGUUGCAGAAGCUGUUGAUGGCACAGGCGCUAUCCAAAUCUCGGAUGGAGAGCGUUGUCUGAUCUGUUUAAGUGAUUAUGAAGUAGCCGAGGAGGUUCGGGAACUGGCUAAAUGCAAGCAUGUUUUCCAUAAGGAUUGCAUUGACCAGUGGUUGACAACUGGCCGGAAUUCAUGUCCUCUUUGUCGAGGACAGGGUGUUAAAGAAACUUCUAACAAUGAUGGCUCGGCGCCUGAGCCGGCUCCCGUCCCUGAAGGCAUGGCUAUUUAA